GACGAAGAUGUGAUGCCAAUCAACAAGCAAAAAGCCAUAAGAACUAUUGAGUAAUUGGUAAUUGAUGUUGAUUGUUGAUGCCUGUGAAGGAGGAAGUCAAGCAACCUACAAAGUACCAUUAUCUCUGUCGCAAGAGGCAGCAAAAUUGACUUGUUAUUUGUACCAACCAUGAUGAUUCGACGAAAUCCUAUCCAGCAGAAUAUCCUCGCAUCAUCAUCAGCCAUGAUGAUCAUGAUGAUGCUCUGGACAAUCUCCUGCAUGUCCACCAUGGCAUAUGGACUCGCUGCUGGUGCCAUGCCCCCCUUGACAUCUCGCACCGCCGACCAUCUACCAUUGGCUCGCAAGGCCAUGGACUACUUUGACUCUUCGCCGGAUCCCUUUUUUGCCGUCCAAACGUCCAUCGACUUGUUGACGGCCGCUGGGUUUGAAGAAUUGCCCGAUGGAGUUCCCUACCGUGGCAAGGUUGUUCCCGGCGGAAAAUAUUACUUUACGCGCAACAAAUCCACUCUGGUGGCAUUUGUCGUGGGAAACGCCGUCGAAACGGGAAAAUUCGGAUUUCACAUUAUCGGUGGUCACACCGACAGUCCCAAUUUGAAAGUCAAGCCGCGAUCCAAACGAGGCAAGGCGGGUGUCAAACAAAUUGGAGUCGAGUGUUAUGGAGGUGGAUUGUGGCAUACUUGGUUUGACCGAGAUUUGGGAAUCAGUGGACGCGUCAUGGUGCGAAGCAGCGAUGGGAAACGAAUGGAACAAAAACUCAUUCGGUUGGAUCGAGCCAUUUUGCGCGUCCCCAAUCUGGCCAUUCAUUUGUUGACACAAGAAGAACGGGAAGCCUUCAAAGUCAACAAGGAAGAUCAUUUGAGUCCCAUUCUUGCCAUGGAAGCUAAGAAAUCGUUGACGGGGGGUAAUAGCAAGUCGGAUGAAGAUGACGAUGAGGACAAGGACGACAAAGACGACGAAAAGAAAAAAGACGACAAAGAUGGCUGGUCCGAGUACCAGGAACCACUUCUGUUACAGCUGCUAGCCGAAGAACUGGGAGUGGAUGUAUCCAGAAUUGUAGACUUUGAAUUGAACUUGUUUGAUGUUCAAAAGGCUGCUCUGGGUGGAGCUUACUCAGAGUUCAUCUAUUCGGCACGGUUGGACAACCUGGCAAGUUGUUUCUUGGCGGUACAGGCUCUCGUCGAUCAUGUGGAAGAAGGAAAUGUGGACCAAGAUAAAGACAUUUCCAUGGUGGUCUUGUAUGAUCACGAAGAAGUGGGAAGUGCCAGUGCUGUUGGAGCUGCAUCCCCCAUCACGGGAGAGUCCGUUCGAAGAAUCGCGGCUGCUCUGAAUGACGGCAGUGACGAAGAUGCUCUAGACUCGUGUUUACGAAAGAGCUUUUGUCUCUCAUCGGAUCAAGCGCAUGCUGUUCAUCCCAACUAUGCCGCCAAGCACGAAGCUGCUCAUCAGCCAAAAAUGAACGAGGGCAUGGUCAUCAAACGCAAUUCCAAUCAACGAUAUGCUACAACAGCGGUCACUGGACUGCUGAUUCGUGAAGUUGCCAAACGAGCGUCUCUGCCUCCUGUACAAGAAUUCAUCGUUCGUCAGGACUGCGGUUGCGGCAGCACCAUUGGGCCUCUUAUUAGUACUGCCACUGGGAUCAGGGCGAUUGACAUGGGAUGCCCUCAACUCUCCAUGCAUUCCAUCCGAGAAACAAUGGGUGUGUGCGACUUGACAAAUGGUCUGGCACUAUUCAAAGCCUUCUUCAAACAUUUCAGAGAGGUUGACGAUUCUGUAGAGCAGUAGGGAGAUGUGCCGAUACUGGUAGCCCGUCACGCACCAUCAACAAUAGAGAAAAAAUGCUAUAGCUAGCUAAUAUGCACUUGUAUCGCUGUAAGGAUCAUCAGUUUUGGGUAACAAGUGUCAUUGAGCUACUAGAAUAGUGAGGACUCUCCUGACAACCACAAACAAGAAGCGCCGCCGAGGCCUGGAAGAUGAGGAUUCCAAUACGAGGAAAGGGUUUGGCUUUCCUAGCUAGGCUAGUCGUUGUGAAGGCUAUUGCUUUUGAUGAGAGAUGCAUAGCAAGCAAGGAAUAUUAGAUAAGAGUUAUUUUCUGAUUUU